AUGAAAAUGGAAAAUGCUGACAAUAGGGUAUAUUUUGCAAGUGGUUGGCAACAGUUUGUGAAAGACAAUUCUUUAGUGUCUGGAGAUUUUUUAGUUUUUCAAUACAACGAUGACAACGGAUUUAAUGUUAAAAUAUUGGCGAAAUCUGGCUGUGAGAAGAAUGAAACUGGUCCUCAUGUGGGCAUUGAUAUAGAGGAGGAGAAAGAAGAGGAGGAGCACGAAAUUACUGAUGUAGGUACUGAUUUUGAUGAUGAUCACGGUAGUGACAGUAAUGACAGUGAAUAUAAUGUUGAAGAAGAGGAGGAGGAAACGGAAGAAGAAGCAUCAGAGAGGAAUAUAGUUGCUAAUGGUAGAGUUUUCUAUUCAAUAUUGCAGUUGGUUCCAUCUUAUGUCUUGAGAGAUUUUAGAAUUAAAUUAGCUGAAGAUGUAACCUUUCAUGAUGAGCUGGAGAGGGAAUGGUCUGGAAAGGUUAUGCGCUGGAAGGAUGGUCGAACCUGGAUUACAGGAUGGGGCUCAGUGUACCGGUAG